AUGACCCGAAUCAGCGAAUGGCGCAGGCUUCCCAUAUCCCUGAACGAACUGUGCCUCGCCACCACCCUUCGCUGCGGGCAGUCGUUUCGCUGGCGCCAAUGCGACGACCAGACCUGGGCAUGUACGCUCCGCGGUCGUAUUGUCCAACUGUCUCAGCCCGACAAAUCGCACAUCCAGUACCGCUCGAUAUGGCCUGCAUCUGCGACUGCGACUGCGGCCCCAGCGACUUUUGAAGCGCCUCUGACGCCUCCUUCGUCCGUCCCACCGACCGCAGUCUCGGAUGAGGAGUGCUGCACCAAGACCGCAAUCGAGGACGGCGGCGACGGCGACGACACCAGAUCCCUGAUCCAGCACUACCUCAACCUGGAGCUUAACCUUGAAACCCUCUACGCCCAGUGGUCGGCGUCGGACGUGAAUUUCCGCAAGAAGGCGCCCCAGUUCACAGGCGUGAGAAUACUGCGGCAAGACGCAUGGGAAGCGUUGGUUGGGUUCAUAUGCAGCAGCAAUAACAACAUCAUACGGAUAUCUCAGAUGGUGGACAAGCUGUGCACGCACUACGGGACAUACAUUGGUACACUAGAGGGUCAGCCGUACCAUGACUUUCCCGAGCCGUCAGCGCUGACGGGCAAGAACGUCGAGAACCACCUAAGAGAGCUGGGAUUUGGCUACCGCGCAAAAUACAUUUAUCAGACUGCCAAAAUCAUCGCCGAGGAUCGAGAGGUGGGCUGGCUGGACACUCUUCGCAACCCCGAGUCUCCUGCGUAUGGCACCACCGAGCCCUCCCCUGCCGGUGAAAUGAAACCUGAAGGCCGCGACGGCUAUCGUCAGGCACAUGAGAACCUCCUUGAGUUGCAAGGCGUAGGUCCCAAAGUGGCGGAUUGUGUGUGUCUGAUGGGGUUGGGUUGGGGAGAGGCGGUGCCGGUAGACACACACGUAUGGCAAAUUGCGCAAAGAGACUACAAGUUGGGAAAGGGGAGAAACAGCACUAUGACCAAGGGGACAUACGAUGCGGUCGCGAACCAUUUUCGGAAGAUAUGGGGGAAAGAAGCUGGGUGGGCGCACAGUGUGUUGUUCACGGCGGACUUGAGGACGUUUGCUGAGAGACUGACAACACGGGUGGAAGUCAAAGUCGAGAAAGGGGAAGGAGACGGGAAGGGGAAGGGAGAUGAUGAGCAGGAGCAGAAGGUUGUGAGGAAAAAGACCGCGCAACGGGUCUCCCUCAAGCGGGACCCAGAGCAGGAUGAGUUUAAAACAGUGAUGCACAUUGAAGAAGAGACGACGACGACGACGACUUUGAGUGAAAGGGUCAAGCGGCGGCGACGUAAAUAA